GCGAUGGACCACACGCCCGAGAAGGAUCAUCUUGUGGUCCCUGUCGCGCCGACGUCGACCACGGUGCUCUCGUCCUCGGCCUCAUCGUCCAGCAGCAGCAGCAACAACAACAACAACGGAGUGCUCCCGCCCGUGACGUACACACGUCUGGCAUCGCCCAAGACGGCGCCCGUGGCUGCGUCGGCCGUCCCGCGCGAUAUUCCGCCUCACUUGGUAGCGGACAAGGCGCCGGUGGCCGACGACGAGGCGUGGAAGGCGCAGUUUGCGCCGGUUCUUCUGGCCUACGGCGCCAUCAACGUCCCCGUGAGUCUCGCGUUCCUCGUGGUGCACCUCCUCCUCUUGCCCGUGUCGCUUGUCGCGCUCCAGAGCGCGCUCCAGCUCGCCGACGGCGUCGCCGACAUGGACUUGUACUUUGCCAACUCGCUCAGUCCGCGCGAGGCCGGCCACGCGCUUCUGGACCGCAUCGAGUCGCGGGCUGGCAUGGCGCGUCGCCACGUGUACUUUAUAUUGCUGAAAACGCCGCUGAACCUUCUCGGGUUUGUGGGCUGCCUCGUCCUCAACGUGCUGGCGCUCGUGUUGAUCGUGGUGCCGCCCAUCUCGCGCGUCUGCCGACGCGGUGCGAAUGCGUCGGGUAUGCUCGCCGUGAACGCCUCCAAGUCCAACUGCGGACAAGACCGGCUGCGGCAGCCCGAGCGGGCGGUCUAGUCCCGAAACAGAGUCUUCUUUAUAUAUUAACACUGAG